CCACCCGAAAAAGAACACCCGGGACACCCAGAAGUACAAGCCCUUCCGGGAGCAGGUCAAGAGCGGGAGGCCUUCCCUGAAGCUGCUGUGCGAGAAGCUGCUGAACGUGAGAGUCCAGGCCUCGCAACACAGUUCGAUCCGCCGAGCCGGGUGAGGGGCGCCGGUUGCCUCAGGGUCGGUCUCUUCGCGCCCGCCAGGCCCGCUGCUUCCGCUUCCGCUUCCGAGGAAAUGGGGCACAACCGGCUCACGGCCUCCGCGGAGGACUUCGCAGACCAGUUCCUGCGCCAGACGAAGCAUGUGCUGCCGCAGGUGGGGCGCCUGUGCCUGAUCUCGACCUUCCUGGAGGACGGGGCGCGGAUGUGGUUCCAGUGGGGGCAGCAGCGGGACUACAUCCAUGCCACCUGGGGCUGCGGGACCCUCCUCGCCUCCGCCUUCGUCUUCCUCAACCUCUUUGGGCAGAUCGGCGGCUGCAUCCUGGUGCUGAGCAGGAACUUUGUCCAGUACGCCUGCUGCGGACUCUUUGGGAUCAUCGCCUUGCAGACGGUGGCCUACAGCAUCUUGUGGGACCUGAAGUUCCUGAUGCGGAACCUGGCGCUGGGGGGCGGCCUGCUGCUGCUGCUGGCGGAGUCCCGCUCGGAGGGCCGGAGCAUGUUUGCGGGGGUCCCGACCCUGCGGGAGAGCAGCCCCCGGGAGUACAUGCAGCUGGGCGGGCGGCUCCUCCUCGUCCUCAUGUUCAUGACCCUGCUCCACGUGGACACCGGGCUCUUCUCCGUGCUGCAGAACGUGGUGGGCUCGGGGCUGAUGGCGCUGGUGGUGCUGGGCUGGAAGACGAAGCUGGCGGCGCUGACGCUGACGCUGUGGCUGCUGAGCACCAACCUGUACUUCAACGCCUUCUGGACGGUGCCGGCCUACAAGCCCAUGCACGACUUCCUCAAGUACGACUUCUUCCAGAGCCUCUCGGUGGUCGGGGGCCUCCUCCUGGUGGUGGCCCUGGGGCCCGGCGGGGUCUCCCUCGACGAGAAGAGGAAGAAGGACUGGUAGCCGAGCAGCCCUGAUUGUCGCGGCAGUCGAGGCCGACGAGACUCUCGCGGACAGACGGACGGAAGUGGACCCACAGCCUUGUGAUUUCAUUGAGAAAUUCCUGGAUUUUUAAAAAAAUUUUAAUAAAUGAAAAUAAGACACGA